AUGAAAUUACUUUUUUUGCCAGUAACCGAUCCAUUGCGUAGCUCAUCGUCGGUGAAUAAAAUAAUCAUAAGAUCCGAUAUCAUUUUAGAUGGACAUUUACGGUUAAUUGAUGAUAACGCGAAUGAGUUAACUUCUAUUCCUGAUUUAAGCCAAAGUUCAACCCAAUUUGGUUGGGAUGUGUUGGAUCACCCUCCUUACAGUCCCGACGUCGCCCCUAGUGACUUCCACAUGUUUCCUGCCCUGAAAAAACAUCUAGGAGGAAUGAAAUUAGCGAAUAAUGAAGAGGUGCAUGAAGCGGUCAUUUCGUUCCUGCGCGAGGCGGCGGGAUCAUGGUUCGAGGAGGGGAUACAAAAGUUUGUCGUACGAAUGAAGAAACUCAUCGAAGUGAAUGGCGAUUAUAUAGAAAAAUAG